CCGCCGCACCGCGUCACACAUUGCUCGACCGCCAGCCCGCCAACACGCGUCGUGCCGCAGCACCGCGCAGCACCGCGCAGCACCGUCACUACAGGACCCUCUCGCCAGCCCACUCUCGACCCUGCCGCCAAACCCCGACAGCCGCUGCCAUGGAGCCGACCACCAUCACCCUGGAGGCGGAGAAGCUGAGGAGGCCGCAGCUCUGCGACGACGACCUGGAGGCCUUCCGAGCCUGGGUGGACAAGCAGCCGCACCUGCCCGUCGUCACCGAUGCCGAGCUGGCCCUGUUCCUGCACACGUGCUACUAUCGCCUGGAGGCCGCCAAGACCGCCCUGGACACCUACUUCACCGUGCGCACGCACGCACCGGAACUGUUCAGCGAGCGCACCCUGCAGUACCAGGACGUGCACGACUCCAUCACGCAAGUCGCACAGCAGCUGAUCCUGCCGGGCGAAUCCAAGGACGGCUACACCGUGACCCUCAUGAAGCUCAAGGACACGAACCCCAGGGCGUACUCGUUCACCGCCGCGGCCAAGGCGUGGUGUGCCCUCAUGGAGGCGUGGGUGGCGAGGACCGGCACGGAGGAGGGCCUCGUCUGCGUCAUGGACGUCAAGGGGAUCUCCCUCGGCCACCUCGCCGUCAACCCCAGCGUCAUGGCCAAGUUCUUCGUGUACUUUCAGGAAGCCCUUCCGGUCAAGAUCCAGGGCUUGGUGUUCAUCAACGCCACGUCUAUAAUGGAUCAAAUCCUGAGCCUCAUCAAGCCUUUCUUGAAGAAGGAGAUAGUGGCUCUGAUUAAAACGUACAAAAACAGUGAUGCCCUGAAAGACCUUUUGGACAAGAGGUACAUUCCGUCGGAUUACGGUGGCAGUGCGAAGAGCGUCGACGCACUCGUUGAAACCUCGGUCACCCUCUUGAAGACGUACGAGGGCUUCCUCCUGCAGCAAGAAAAGCGAUGCGUCGACGAGUCCAGCAGGCCAGGCAAAGCCAAAACCGAGGGGGACCUUUUCGGCGUGCAAGGGUCCUUCAAAAAGCUGGAAUUCGAUUAGUUGCAUGGGCCUCGAUUGGUAUCAUGGAUCUCCAGUGGCAUGAAUCUCGAUUAGUGCCAUGAAUUUUGCGGAGUGCUUUUAACUUAUUUUGUUGCUGCUUCUUGUUUGAAUAGUUCUGCUCGAUGCUGUUUUUAAACUGACAAAGUACAAAGUAGACGAGAGGCAAACAAAUUCGAAAAAUUUUGUACACCGUUAUUUCAAAUUCACGUUAUUUCACGUUACUUCAAUGUUAUUUCAACGAUAUUUCAAAGUUAUUCCGACGUUACUUCGACGUUAUUGCACGUUAUUUCAAGGAAAAUGUACACCAAAAUUCGAGUUGUUUCCCCUCUUGAAAGUCGCUAAAAACGUGUAUCGCAGAAAAUGAAAAUAAAAGAGUCAAACCCUCUUUAGCAA